AUGGAGAAAAGUGCAGUUGAUUUGAAAAUUGUGAGGGCCUUAUGUGCUAGUGGGAUUCCAUUUAAUGUUUUGUGGAAUUCUCAAUUUCGUGACAUGGUAAACGCAUUAAGAAAGGCACCUGAAGGUUAUAAAGCGCCAUCAAGUGAGAAAGUAAGAACUGUUUUACUAGACGAAUAUGUUAGAGAUGUUGAGAAAGACUUGAUACCCUUUAAAAAAACAUGGUCUUCACACGCUAUUUCUAUUGUAUCUAAUGGGUGGUCAAACAUAAAACAUAAACCAUUGCUCAAUGUGCUUGCUGUAAACAGUCGAGGUUCUAUGUUUAUGUAUGCCACUGAUUUUUCUGGAGUUGAGAAAACAGGUAAAGCAAUUGCUCAAUUUCUAAGCCAAGCACUUGAUUCUGUCGCCCCAAGUAAUGUUCUCAGUGUUAUAACGGACAAUGUCGCCAAUUGUAAAGUUGUCGGAAAGGAAGUGGAAAACAUGUACAAACAUAUUUUUUGGUCGUCAUGUUGUGUUCAUACCUUAAACCUGGUUUUUAAAGAUUUUGAAAGCGAAUUUAUUUGGUUAGAGGACACAUAUAAAAAGGGGAAAACGAUUGUCAAAUAUUUUCUGAAUCAUAGACAUGCUUUGUCCAUUUUUAGAGAGACUUCAAAAUUGGAGCUUUUAAAGGUUGCAAAAACCCGAUUUGCUUCUCAAUAUGUUUUGUCGAAGAGGUUAUUCAUUUGUAGAGAGGCACUAUCUACAACAACUGCUCGUAAUUCGUGGAGAGAUUGGGUGAAACACGACGAUGAACACACUAGAACAACUGGACAACUUGUUGUUAAUCAUAUAAGAGAUGAGGACUUUUGGGUCGAAGUUGAAAAUAUUUUACGCAUCACGAAGCCAAUUUAUCGGUUUAUCAAAUUUUUUGAUGGUGAAGGCUCGAAAAUGGGCGAAAUUUAUGAAAAGAUGGAUAAUAUGUUGGGGGAAUACAAGAUGUGA